GGAGCCAAUUCCAGCUAAAGCUAGCCUUCUUAGUCCCUUUUUGCUCUAUGAACUCAUUUCUCUUCUUCCUAAAGUUAGCCUCUCUUCUCUUAUUAUUUUUCUCAAACUGCACUAAAUUCUCCCUACAUAGAAACAUAAAUACUCCAUAGAAAUAGGUAAAGAAAAAAGUGUAUCAAAUGAGAGAAUGUAUUGAAAGUGAUGAUUUGAUAUUAAUAUCUCACCUUCCCAAAACCAUACCUUUACUUCAAUCCAACUCUUCUUCUUUGGUCUCUUCCUCUCUAAUCUACUAAUCUACCAAACCCCAUUAUAAAGAAUUUUACACACCAAACUUUUCUUGCUUUUUUUUUUUCUCUCAUUAAAAUCCCACCAAAAAAAUCCAUUGGUUUCUUGAAAAUGACUGAAAUUAUACAAACCCCAUCUCAGUUUCCUUCAUGUUCAAGCUCCAUUACUAGUAUACCAUGUUUAGAUAAUGAUGGGUCUUACCAAGAGAGUGUAAUUAGUGGACCCAAUGUAGAUGUAUACAAUACAGAGGUACAAGAAGGAGGUAUUUUUGGUAGAAAAAUUAGAGAGAGAAAGAGAAGAGAAAGAGAAGAGGGAGAUCAGCUGUCUCUUUUAACAUUAUUGGUUACUGGUUUUAGGAAAUCUUUGGUUGCUUGUAGUAGCAAUUUUGAUAUUCUUAGUGUUGAAGAGCAACAGCUUUCUUCUUCUUUUUCUUCUUCAAUGGAGAUUAGUUGGCCUAGUAAUGUUAGACAUGUAGCUCAUGUUACUUUUGAUCGUUUUAAUGGCUUUCUUGGACUUCCUGUUGAGUUUGAACCUGAUGUUCCCAGAAGACCUCCUAGUGCCAGUACAAGAGUCUUUGGUGUUUCAACAGACUGUAUGCAGCUUUCAUUUGACUCCCGAGGAAAUAGCGUCCCCACAAUCCUUCUGAUGAUGCAAGGGAGAUUGUAUGCUCAAGGUGGCUUGCAGGCUGAAGGGAUAUUCAGGAUCAAUGCUGAAAAUGGCCAAGAAGAAUUUGUCAGGGAGCAACUAAAUAGGGGUAUAAUUCCAGAUAACAUUGAUGUCCAUUGCUUAGCAGGUCUUAUUAAGGCUUGGUUCAGAGAGUUGCCAAGGGGAGUUUUGGACUCUCUCUCGCCAGAGGAGAUUAUGCGCGCACAAUCAGAAGAUGAGUGUGUUCGGCUUGUGAGACUUCUUCCACCAACUGAAGCUGCUCUAUUAGAUUGGGCUAUUAACUUGAUGGCUGAUGUUGCUCAACUGGAAAGUUUUAACAAAAUGAACGCACGUAAUAUAGCUAUGGUGUUCGCUCCAAAUAUGACACAGAUGGCGGAUCCCUUGACUGCUUUAAUGUAUGCGGUACAAGUUAUGAACUUUCUCAAGACUCUAAUACUUCGGACCUUAAAAGACCGAGAAGAAUCUGUUAUGGAAACUGGUCCUGCACCAGAAUUGGAACCAUUCGACGAAAAUGGACAUCAUAGUUCUUUCCAACCAAUCGGUCAGAAGUCUAAUGAAGUUGAGGAGGAGGAAGAUAUCGUUUUAUCCAAAGGACGACCCUCAACUGGCACUGCUAACUCUACCUUGGGAGAGAUUAAAGUUGAGAAUGAAUCCCAUGCGCUCGGUGAUUGUCUCAGUGAAAUCUCAAACCUGCCUAACAGCACAAAGGAUGAGGUUGGAGUUGGAAAUGUCAAUUUAGCAAGUGGUAGAAUUCAACCAAAAAUCCGGAGGACUAAAAGUGUUCGUUCAAGUAGUUCUAGCCUGAGAGGAUCGAAGAAAGGUAAUGAAUGGCCAAUAGUUCAUGUAGCUGGGAAUGUAGAGAAAGGGAAGGGGGUCAGAAUCAUCGAUAGGUUGAAUUCAACGACAGAAAGGGUGGAAGCCUGGCGAUGAAUGGCUCGCCACAACGGGCAUUGCUUGCUCAUCAAGAAGUCAAAUGGUUGUGAUUUAUAUUUGAAGUAAAACAGUGUAUAAUCCAAUUCUGUUGUAAUGGAGUCAUUUUCUGUCUGUGCUUGCAUAUUGGUUACUUAGUAGUUCAAACAGGAAUUCUGUCACCUUUCCCUAUGGGCAUGUUUGGCUGGGGAACCUAGCAGGAUGAAUGUAAUUUAUGUGUUUACUUCUAAGUUGAAUACUGCUGUGGUUUUAUUUUUCAA